UAGACAGCAUCUCGUUUAUGCUUCAGUGUAAAUAAUUAGUGCAAUUAAAAGUGUGAAAUGAAGUGCGGAUAGUGCAAAAAAGUGCGAACUAGUUCUUCUGUCAAGGUCACGGGCAUCUGACUAUCGAUCCAGGAGUAUCAUCAAUCCUUAUUUUACUAGUGAAUUUGAUCCUUGAAUAAGGAGGGUACGUCCACACUGUCUGUGGUUCCGCAUGCUCAGUUCGAGAGCGGCGAGCAAAGCGGUGUGCAAUGCGAUCCAGUGUGCGCUGAAAGUGCCGUUAUGCCUUGGUGGGGAUCCAACUGGCAGCAGGAUCUAACACCGCUUGAUCACGACUCCGUCAACGGCUUCGAGUACCAUCCCGUGAUGGAUAACACGAACGGCUCGUACUUCGACGAGCCCUACAAGACGAACGUCACCUUGGAGCAGUGCAAAGCCCAGUACGCCAAUCAGACAGCGGCGCUGCAACAACUGCACCCGGAGGGGUUCUGCCGAGUGACGUUCGAUAGUGUUUUGUGCUGGCCGCCUACCGCGAUCAAUGACACUGCAACUAUCAAGUGUUUUUCCGAACUGUUCAACAUCAAGUACGAUGACACACAAAAUGCCACAAGAGACUGCAUGUGGAAUGGCACGUGGUCUAAGUCGAACUACUCGACCUGCAAGGAAAUUAUCAUUCUUCCUGAGGGUAUCGAGACUCAAACUACCAUCUAUUUCGUCGGAUAUACUCUCAGUCUGAUCACCCUCUCAGUAGCCAUAGGAAUUUUUACUUAUUUCAAAGAACUGAGAUGUUUGAGGAACACCAUACACAUGAACUUGAUGUGGUCGUAUAUGUUGACGUACAUCAUGUGGAUUAUAGUUUUGUUGUUGCUAAACGUUGGAGGGAACACCUCUGUGUUGUGUGUGUUCAUCGUAACGCUGCUGCACUACUUCCACAUCACCACGUUCUUCUGGAUGUUCGUCGAGGGUCUUUACCUCUACAUCCUAGUCGUGGAGACUCUAACAAGAGAGAAUUUUAAACUACGGGUCUAUGUGUGCAUCGGAUGGGGACUUCCGAUGGUUUUCAUUGUCGUUUGGGCCGUUGUGAAGAGCUUUGUACCUAUCAGCAGCGAUCCAGCCACUAUGUGUCAAUGGUUCGAAAGCCACGACAUAGACUGGAUCUUCCAAACCCCUACCAUGAUCGUCCUCUUGGUUAACUCGGUCUUCCUGCUCCGCAUCAUGUGGGUGCUCAUCACCAAACUCCGGUCCGCAAACACCUUAGAGACGCAGCAGUACCAUAAGGCUGCUAAGGCACUCUUGGUGCUCAUGCCCUUGCUGGGCAUCACCUAUGUCAUCACUCUUUACGGACCUACUCUAAACAUGACUUCCAUCAACGUAUUCGAGUGCACCAGGGCCGUGCUGCUCUCCACGCAAGUAAGUUUUGUGAAAAUAUACCAUAACUAUAAGUACCAGAUAUUACACCAUUCUGCUCUUGAUAUUG